CUCUCUCUCACUCUCUCUGUCUUCCCCUCCCUUUGGGUGCGUGCAGUGAAGUACUCAUACCCCUUCUCUCUCUCUCCCUCCCCCUCCCUUCUCUCUCUGUUUCUGUCUUCGGAUAAAUUCUCCACCCAAACCCCACACUCUCUUCACUCUUCUUCCCCUACUCUGUUCUCCAGAAGCAGAGCCGGCCAUGUCCACCGUUCUUCUUCUUCCUCUGUUACUCCUGCUUCUUCCCUCCAUUCUCUCUCUCAACCAGGAGGGUCUCUAUCUCUACCAGUUCAAGCUCUCUCUCGACGACCCGGAUGCCUCUCUCUCCUCCUGGAACCCCCGUGAUGUCACCCCAUGUGCCUGGUCCGGUGUCACCUGCGGUGCUGCCUCCAAUUCCUCCGUCACUCGCCUUGACCUCUCCAACACUAAUAUCGCCGGCCCAUUCUCUGCCUCCAUCCUCUGCCGCCUCCCCAACCUCUCCUUCGUCUCUUUCUUCAACAACUCUGUUAAUCAAACCCUUCCUGCAGAUAUCUCCUCUUGUCGCUCCCUCGUUCAUCUGGACCUUUCCCAGAAUCUCCUCACCGGUGAACUUCCGCAUACUCUGUCUCUACUGCCCAAUCUCAGAUACCUGGACUUGACCGGAAACAAUUUCUCGGGUCCUAUUCCUGACUCAUUUGGGAGCUUUCGGAAGCUCGAGGUUAUUUCUCUUGUGUCUAAUCUUCUAGAAGGUACCAUUCCCGCUUCUCUGGGUAAUAUUACGACAUUGAAGAUGCUCAACCUUUCGUAUAACCCGUUUUAUCCGGGUCGGAUCCCGCCGGAGAUCGGGAACCUGACUAAUCUCGAGGUGCUUUGGUUAACGCAAUGUAACCUGGUUGGCACGAUUCCCGACUCGCUAGGGAAGUUGAAGAAGCUCAGGGAUUUGGACCUGGCAUUCAAUAAUCUGUACGGGUCGAUCCCGAGUUCGCUUAUGGAGAUGACGAGUUUGAACCAGAUUGAACUGUACAAUAACUCAUUGUCCGGUGAGUUGCCUCGGGGAUGGUCCAACCUCACUUCAUUGAGGCUCCUCGACGCGUCGAUGAACCACCUCACGGGGACCAUUCCGGAUGAUUUGUGUCGUUUGCCACUGGAAAGCCUCAAUCUCUACGAAAAUCGUUUCGAGGGCGAGUUGCCGGAGAGCAUAGCUGACUCUCCGAAUCUCUAUGAGCUUAGAUUGUUUGGGAACAGGCUCACCGGGAAGCUGCCGGCGAAUCUUGGCAAAAUUUCGCCAUUACGGUGGAUCGACCUGUCAACCAACCAGUUCUGGGGAGGAAUUCCGGCUAGUUUGUGUGACCAGGGGCAGUUGGAGGAGCUUCUGCUGAUAUACAAUUUGUUUUCUGGUGAGAUCCCGGCGAGUUUGGGGAUGUGUCAGAGCUUGACAAGAGUUAGGCUCGGUUACAACCGGUUGUCCGGCGAAGUUCCGGCCGGUAUAUGGGGGCUUCCGCAUGUAUACCUUCUGGAGCUUGUUGAUAACUCUUUUUCGGGUCCAAUUUCUUCAACUAUUGCUGGAGCUGGGAAUCUGUCGUUAUUGAUUCUAUCGAAGAACAAUUUCAGUGGAGCGAUCCCUGAUGAGAUUGGAUGGUUGGAAAAUAUUGAGGAAUUUUCUGGGAGUGAUAACAACUUUACUGGGUCGCUGCCUGAUAGUAUUGUGAAUCUUGGGCAACUUGGAACUCUUGAUCUUCACAACAAUAAACUCUCUGGCCAGCUCCCCAAGGGAGUUCGAUCCUUGAAGAAACUUAAUGAGUUGAAUUUGGCCAACAAUGACAUUAGUGGCAAAAUUCCUGAUGAAAUUGGGAGUUUGUCCGUGCUCAAUUUUCUUGACCUUUCCCACAAUCAACUUUCCGGGAAAGUUCCUCGUGGGUUACAGAAUUUGAAGCUUAACCAGCUGAAUUUGUCUUAUAAUCGACUUUCUGGAGAACUUCCCCCUCAGUUGGCUAAGGAUAUGUACAGGACUAGCUUUUUGGGUAAUCCUGGUUUAUGUGGGGAUCUGAAAGGUCUAUGUGAUGGCAGAAGUGAUGCUAAAAAUGAAGGUUACAUUUGGUUACUUCGAGCUAUGUUCAUCAUUGCCACUUUGGUGCUUCUCAUUGGUGUGGUCUGGUUCUAUUUCAAGUAUAGGAACUUCAAGAACGCAAGAAGAGCCAUUGAUAAAUCGAAAUGGACAUUGAUGUCCUUCCAUAAACUGGGUUUUGGUGAAGAUGAGAUGAACUGCCUUGAUGAUGACAAUGUGAUAGGAAGUGGGUCAUCAGGGAAAGUUUACAAGGUAGUGCUUAGCAAUGGGGAGGCAGUUGCUGUGAAGAAACUAUGGGGAGGUGCUGUGAAGGACAUAGAGAGUGGUGAUUUUGAGAAAGGCCAGGUUCAAGACAAUGCUUUUGAUGCAGAGGUUGAGACUCUUGGCAAAAUUAGGCAUAAGAACAUUGUAAAGUUGUGGUGUUGCUGUACUACUAGGGACUGCAAGCUCUUGGUGUAUGAGUACAUGCCUAAUGGUAGUCUUGGAGAUUUGCUACAUAGUAGUAAAGGUGGAUUGUUGGAUUGGCCAACAAGGUAUAAGAUAGCAGUUGAUGCUGCUGAAGGCCUCUCUUAUUUGCAUCAUGACUGUGUUCCACCAAUUGUUCAUAGAGAUGUAAAAUCCAACAAUAUCUUGCUGGAUGGUGACUUUGGCGCAAGGGUGGCUGAUUUUGGAGUUGCUAAGGUUGUUGAAACCACUGCUAAGGGAGCUAAAUCCAUGUCUGCCAUAGCUGGGUCAUGCGGAUACAUUGCACCAGAAUAUGCAUACACGCUCAGAGUGAAUGAGAAGAGCGACAUCUAUAGUUUUGGUGUCGUCAUACUCGAGUUAGUAACUAGAAGACGCCCGGUAGACCCAGAAUUUGGGGAAAAGGACUUGGUUAAGUGGGUCUGCACCACUAUAGAUCAGAAAGGCGUGGAUCAUGUACUUGACUCCAGUCUUGAUUCUUGUUUCAAAGAAGAGAUCUGCAAGGUCCUCAACAUUGGCCUCAUGUGCACUAGUCCUCUUCCAAUUAACCGCCCGGCCAUGAGAAGAGUGGUGAAGAUGUUGCAAGAAGUAGGCACAGACAGUAACCAAACGAAGGCAUCGAAGAAAGAUGGGAAGUUGUCACCAUAUUACUAUGACGAUGGCUCUGAUCAUGGGAGUGUACCUUAGCUCAACUUCUUGCUAGGGUUAUUUUGGUCCUGAAGGGAGAAACAGAAGCUGCAAGCCUGUUCUUUUACUUGUAGAGCCUACAACCCUCCAGGUUUACGGAAUUUGAGGGGGGAAAAAAGAAGAAAGAUCUGAAGCUUUUUUUUGGGGGUUUUAAUUAUUUUGCUUUCUCGGAUUUCUUGUUCUCACACUGUAAAAUAGGUCCAUAUCAAGGAGGUUCCUCUCCAAAUUCAGAUGGAUGUUUGCAUUAGUACUACUACUAGGAAUGAUAUAUUAAUAUCUAUAUUUUACUGUUGGGGAGAUUCAA